AGGUUCUUCGUUUACAGCGUGUCUGAACGGGAGCACGUCAUCAUGGAUAGAGAGGAUAGGAGGGAGAAUGAAGUGACUGUACUCACCUCCCAUUUACUGAACCCGAAGUUCAAUCUGGCCGAAUGGUAUUCACAAAAGGUUAGCGAGCUCCAGGGACUAGACCCCCAGAAAGUGAGAAAAUGGAGGCGGAAGGAACUGGGCAAAAAAAUGCCCAUGGAGACGCCGUUAGCUGCUCGGGUAGAGCAGCUAUUGGUACGAUGGGGCCGUUACGAUAACGACCCCGUGCGCAACGCGCUGCACCCCCAACGAUUCGAGUGCGUUAGAAUGAGAGACGGGACGUACCGGAUAAAGGACUAUGUCCGAUCGUUCGUGGUAGAGGUGCCGCUGCGCCUCUUGUUAAAUCCUAAGUUCGUGUUAGCGUCCUGGUACAAUAAGAGGUUAAGGGAGGCUCACGAUGAACUUUGUGAUAGCCUACUGCAGAAAUCUCAAGAGCUCAACAUGCUCCAGUUGUUGGACCAGGGGCCGCUGACCGAAAAUGAAUGUCAGCUGGACGAUGUGGCAAGGAGGAUAUACACUCUCACCCCGGACGCCAAGUUCCUAUACAAUGAGUCGUACCUAUUUGUGUUAGAGCUAAACGGACAGCAAAUACCAGCUGGGACUUACCCGGCGUUACAGCGAGGGGCUGCAGUGACCAAAGACUUCAAGCGAAUGAUUCCAAAGCCGGUCGUCGUCGUCGUCAACAUCAACAGAUGA